AGCCCGGCCCUGACUCUGCCCCCUCUCCCCUGCCUUGCAGAAGCGCAACAGGGCCAUGACGGCCCGCAGACAACACCUCAAGAGCGUCAUGCUGCAGAUCGCGGCCACGGAGCUGGAGAAGGAGGAGAGCCGCAAGGAGACGGAGAAGCAGAACUACCUGUCGGAGCACUGCCCCCCGCUGCACAUCCCCGGCUCCACCGCCGAGCUGCAGGAGCUCUGCAAGCAGCUGCACGCCAAGGUGGACGCGGCCGAGGAGGAGAAGUACGACAUGGAGGUGAAGGUGCAGAAGAGCAGCAAGGAGCUGGAGGACAUGAACCAGAAGCUGUUCGACCUCAGAGGCAAGUUCAAGAGGCCGCCGCUGAGGAGGGUGCGCAUGUCGGCCGACGCCAUGCUCAAGGCGCUGCUGGGCUCGAAGCACAAGGUGUGCAUGGACCUGCGGGCCAACCUGAAGCAGGUCAAGAAGGAGGACACGGAGAAGGAGCGGGACCUGCGCGACGUGGGCGACUGGAGGAAGAACAUCGAGGAGAAGUCCGGCAUGGAGGGCCGGAAGAAGAUGUUCGAGUCCGAGUCCUAGGCUCCCGGCCGCACCCCCUGCCUCGCACUGGCGGGCACCCCGGCUCCGGGCAGGGCGGCAGAGGACGGGCCCAGGGAGCCGCUGGGAGGGCGGGCUCGCCGCAGCUGUCAAUAAAGGCCUCCCACCCUGUGA